UCAUCACUCACCAUCAAACCCAAAAACAAAAUACACCUCUCUCUCUAGUAAUAACUCAAACCCUAAAUCCCCAAAAUGGCUCACUGGUUAUCAUCUCUGGUCAUUGCACUGACAUUCACAAGCUUUUUCACAGGUCUCUCUGCGCGCCGCUAUCUUCUCCAAUCAACACCAGGGACUCAGCCACCAGUUACAGCAACGUUCCCACCACUUCCCAAAACCACAAUGCCACCAUUGCCUCCAUCUCUUCCUCAGCCAACUCUUCCUCAGCCAACGCUUCCUCAGCCAACUCUUCCGCAACCCACGGCAUUUCCACCAUUACCGAGCACACAGAUGCCUACUUUGCCCAACCCAACACAACCCAUUAAUAUCCCAAACUUCCCACAAAUCAACAUCCCUAAUUUCCCAAUCAACUUCCCAUUCAAUAUUCCCACCAGCAUUCCUACCAUCCCAUUCUUUACUCCUCCACCUUCCAAAUGAGAAGCUAAGCUCUUUAGCACAUCACCAUCUUUGUCUCACACACUUUGCACAUGUUUGUAAUGUUUCUUAUUCUUUUGCUGUCGUUUGAUGUUGUAUUUCUUGUUGUUGCUUCUGCUGUUGUUGUUUCUUGCCAAAUGCCAUGAUUUAGUUGCUUUUGUGUAUUGUACCGCUUAUUCUUAUUCUAAUGACCAUUUGCUUUCUUAUUCGUCUUCUUCUUU